AUGUGCAUCCUGAUAGCCGUCCACAACGACUGCGGCCACACAACCUACUUUACGAAGGAGACGAUGCGAUUGUGCCAUUUAGGACUACAUAAUAUGCCGAGAAGGGUCGGGAGGAUGUUCCUCUCUCGCGAGGUUUGUGAUGAGUGUUGGGUUUUAGUUCCUAAGGCUAGGAGACUGCAGGGGGCAGGUAGCGAGAAGGGGGAGGGAAUGGUGCCUUUGAGUGAGAAGAAGAUAAAGGAUAUUGAGAGAUGGAGGGAAGGGGUUGAAGUAGAGAGGGGGGAUGGUGGGACACAUGUGGCUGCUGGUUAGGUUUAGUAGGUUGGGUUUUGAGGAUCUGGAUUGGAUGGACCUUAGGCCCUGUUUGGUAG